AUGUCCUCUUCAGAGAUCAAGCCGGAAUUCCACAGGCCCGUUCGACAGAGUGCCCUUCGAGCCCCAUCUAUCACCACCGCCCUGGCCUUGGGUAACGCUAUAGACGACGGCGACGAGUCAGAGACCGAGUUCAAGCGUCCCUCUUUGCCACCCAGUACCUCCGGAUCUAGUACCGACACCCCACCCAAGAAGCGCCGUGGCCGUCCUCCUGGAUCAACCAACAAGGGCGCCAAAGCUUCCUUCUUUGGUAGCAGCAAGAAGCCUUUGGGCAAGGCGCGUGAGGGUAGACGAGCAGGCGAGGCUUGUACAUGGUGUCGCUACAGGCGUCAGAAGUGCGACGAGCGAGACAACUGCAGCUUGUGUCAGAAAGACAAGAAGGGCUGUGUUUACCUCAGCAAGCUCCCCCGCCACCAGCGCGAUGCACUUUCCAAACCCAUCUCUCUCGACGACUGGAACGACAUGAAGGACGAUAUUCAAUUUAUUGGCGCCGGCGCCGGUACUCUUCCCACCCCUCCUCCUUCUCCUGCUGUCUUGCAGAAGAAGAAGUUUGUGAAUGAGAUGAAGAGCGAGGCCACGGCUCCUGUGCCAUCGUACAGGAGGCUGUCUAUGGAUGAGGAUGAGAAUGAUGCCAUGAGUGGCGAUGAGAGCGACAGCGAGAGCCCUUUCCCCGCGACUUUUGAUACGUCUUACCCAACUCCCUCGCCCAACCGUGCCACACACCUCGCCCUCUCCCCUCGGUCUCACCCGUUUUCUCUUCUCGCUGAACAGUCCCAGCGCACUGAUUUCUUUGGUACCAUCGACCCGCAAAGGAUCCACGACCCCUCUUCUAUCGCCCCGGGCGGCCUCGAGCACAAUGCCCUCGCCAUCUCUUCUUGUGCUUCUGGCUCUUCCUCUGAGGGGGCGCAUGUGACGUUGGGCGAUGUGGAGCUGGACAGUUUUGAAUGGUGUGCAGAGGAGUUUAGAGUGGGAGGAGAGGAGGGCGAGUUGGUGCAGACGCAUGUGGACGAGUUUACGGAGGCGGCGAAGAAGAGUUGGAGCACGAUGAACGAAUUCACCCCUUAUCAGACUCUCGUCUAA